AAAGUCUGAUUCUGGAAGAUCAAGGUCUAUGGCUGCAAAGGAGGGAGAGAAACUACCACCUGGAAUCUUUGAAUACGGUGGACCUUGGAAGUACCUUACAUUCCUAAACCUGUUACUGCAGAUGGUUUUCUUUGGGAUGGCUGUGGUGAAUGAUCUUCAAACUGAGAAAACCCCAGCCACAGGUCUUAACAAGUGGAAAGACUUUGUUUUCUCUGUUCUCGCCUUCCCUGUAGGCAUGUUUGUGGUGCUGCUUUUCUGGAUUAUCUUUGCCUACGAUAGGCAACUUGUCUACCCAGAAUCUCUAGAUUCCUUCUUUCCUCUCUGGAUGAACCAUGCAAUGCACACUAUUGUCAUGCCUAUCUUACUUGGGGAGAUCCUGCUGGAACCUCAUGUGUACCCAAAGACCAGAAUCGGCUUGGCUGCCUUGGGAAUCAUAGGCUUGGCUUACCUCGGAUGGGUGAUGUUCAUCUAUUUGGCAGUAGGUCUUUGGGUAUAUCCUCUGCUCGGGCUGCUCAGUACUUCUGGCAUGUUGGGUUUAUUCUUCUUCAACAUGACAGUGGUGACAAUGACGUAUCUGUUGGGACGGGCUUUGAACAACUGCGUUUGGGGUGAGUGAUUUAAGCAGGCUAGAGCCAUUAAGUCAGGAGCAGAAAUUACACACUAACGUUUUGGUAACAUGUCUUCUUAAUUUCUUUCCUUCUUGCUUAUUUUAGGAAAAGCCAAGACAGUGAAUAAAAGGAAAUAAAACUUUGUUUUCCUGGU